GGUAGAUCCGGCUCAGGCAUGCAGCAGCAGAGAGGUGAGUGCGUUCACCCCCUGUCCUGCUCUCCCUGCCAUGGGACUGGGGACACGGGGCCAGCAGCUCAGCCUGGCUUGUCCUUGGCAGGUCCUGCCAGCACCAAGCAGCAGCCCUCGGUCAACAAGGAGCUGCUGAGCAAGGCCAGACAGCAUGUGAACGAGGCCAUCAAGGAGAAGAAGAUCUUCUCAGUGCAGGGCCCCUACCCUGUGAUGCGCAAGCUGCUGAGGGCACGAGGCUGGGUGGAGAAGAAAUUCUCCACCACCAUCAAGGUGGGCACCCGCUCAGUGCAUCAGGACACAAAAAAGCUGUUGGAGAGGAAGGUGGAGGAUGGUGGUGGUGGUGAGGAGCAGUGGGAGACAGCGCUCCAUCCAGAGCCAGGGUCGGAAGACUGCUGGACUCACUACUGGGUCAAGAUCUUGGAGGAGGAGGAAGAGCAGGAGGAGGUCCAGUGGUAUGCUGAGGACCCUGAUGGCAUCCAUGACAUCAUGUCCUCCAUGGUGCGAGACCACCUGCCGACAUUCAUCUGGACAAGCAGGUGCAGUGCUGUACGCUACUGGCAGCUACAGGAGCACCAAAUGGUAAACCACUUCACUGGCACUGGAGCCUUCACCACCAAGGAGGGGCUGUGUGUCAACCUCCAAAAACUGCCCUCAUUCUACCAAGCGGAUCCCACCACCUUCUUCCCAAGGUGCUACCGGCUUGGGGAUGAGGAUGAACGUCAAGCCUUCAUCGAGGAUUUCCGCCUGACAGCAGCUCGCAGCCUGCUCAAACUGGCUGUGGAGAGGCCUGGGAUCAUGCCAGGGGUGAUGGAGUCACCUGGCAACAGAUCAGCAGGUCCAGCAUCCCCAUCACCCCAUGAGCUGCUGGAGAAAGCACUGCAGGUCUGCAGGAUGCAGCUGGACAGGCUGGAGCACGCAGACAUUGACAGUGGCUCCCCAGUACUCCAUUUCACCGACGUCAACUGGGACUGCUUCCUGCAUGAGUACUAUCGUGUGGUGAACGAGCAGGUGAGGCUGGAGUCCAACAUCCAUCAGCAGGAAGAGUGCAGGGCCCUGCUGCAGAAGCUGCAGGUGCGGCUGCCCCAGCUCCACAUGGAGGGCGUUCACAAUCUGUGGAUAAUCAAGCCUGGAGAUAUGUCCCGUGGUAGAGGCAUUACAUGCUCAGCACGGCUGGAGGAGGUGCUGGAGCUGCCUGGGAAACACCCAGCGCCCUCACUGAAGCCAAGACAAUGGGUAGCACAGAAAUAUGUGGAGCGGCCGCUGCUCAUCUUUGGCACCAAGAUUGACCUGCGGCAAUGGAUCCUGGUGACUGACUGGAACCCACUGACCAUAUGGUUCUACCGGGACAGCUAUGUGCGCUUCUGCUCCCAGCCCUUCUCUCUGCACCACCUGCACGCCUCCCGCCACCUCUGCAAUGUGUCUGUCCAGAAGCAGUGGAGGCACGCUGGAGACCGUCACCCCAAACUGCCCUGUGACUUGAUAUGGUCCAGCCACCAGUUCCAGCUUCACCUGCAGCAAGUGGGGCACAGGGAGGCCUGGGAGAACAUGAUUGUGCCAGGCAUGAAGGAGGCGGUGGUGGCUGCCCUGCACAGCGGCCGGGAGCUGGUGAGGGACCGCAAGGGCAGCUUUGAGCUCUAUGGAGCCGAUUUCAUGUUCGGAGAGGACUGCCAGCCGUGGCUGCUAGAGAUCAACGUCAGUCCCACCAUGGCGCCCUGCUCAGCAGUGACCCGACAGCUCUGUGCUGCCGUCCAGCGUGACAUACUGUGUGUGAUCCUGGACCACAGGGAGAACCCCGGCUGCUCCACCGGAGCCUUUGAACUCAUCUACAAAGAGGUGGGUUUGGGGGGGCUUUGGGAUAGACUGCUCUCUGCUCUCAAGCAACAAGCACCAAUCGUCCCCGUGCCUCCCUCCCUUGGACUGAAGUUGGUGGUGGAAGGCUACUCGCUCACAAAGCCCCAACUGCAAAAACAACAGCCCCAGGACAAACUCCCCACCAUCCUGCCUCCUGUCCGCCCCAGGGUGCCCAAGCCUCCAGUGGGCUCCAGACUAGUUAUGAACACCAAAUCACCUGUGAUGCCCAAGCCACUUGUGGUACCCAGGCCUCUUCCGCUGGCCAAACCACGUAUGGACAAGCAUCCUAUGAUCACAAAGCCCCUUAGAGAGCCCAGGCCUCCUGCACGGCUCAGGCCUCCAGCAAUCUCUAAACCACUUAUGGGCACCAAGUUACCUCCGCUGCCCAGGCCUCCAGUGGUCUCCGACCCAGCUACAGACAGCAAGCCUACUGUUGUGCCGCAGCCUCCAGAGGUGCCUAAGUCACUCAUGAUAACCAAGUAUCCUACGUUCACCAAGCCCCUGGUAAGAGCCCAAGACUCCAGUGGUGCCCAUUCCUCCACUGAUACCUAA